UAUCGAGUCUUGCAACAUCGACUCAUGAAACUAUAUUCCAUUGUAUAGCGCACUGUAAAAUCAAGAAACAUGUCUUAAAAAUAAAAGAAUACAUUUAAAAAAAAUGUUCAAAAAGUUGCAUGAUUGAUAGGAAAUGAGACAAAUUCACAACGAUCAGAAACAAUCAAACCCAUCAAGUACACAGUCUCGCACCUUUUUUCUUUCGGUUCAGUCAGUACGAACGACCGCAUACGCUAUCCACAUCCAUCCACCAGGAGUGCGACCAGUUUAAUUGAAUUAUAGCUGAUGCCCAGGGGUGAAACAGUUUAAUGUGUGUAUAAUUGCUUCUCGAUUCAUACUUUGCUCGCUCGGUGGCGACUUCUUGUAUGGAGGUAUACAUAUCUUACUGCUGCUGAGUACAUCACCUAUAGCAUCUGAGUGAGCCGCACAGUUCGCCGGUAACUUUCUCGUGGCGAUGAUCGAUUGAGCACUGUUCCCUGUUUGCUACUAAAUCAAAAUCAUAUUAAAUCACGCGUAUCUCUCACUGUGAAAUACUGUAGUUGUACAGUUUCUGUAGGGUUUAUAGUCAACUUUAAACAGGCAUAACUAAAAAAACUCGUCUGGAAGAUGAGAAGAUCAAGAUCAAAACGUAUCGAGUGUUUUAAGCAAAGUUAACACGUUCAAAUGCAAUUAGUUUAAAGAAAAGAGAGAAACAAAGGAAAUAUUCUACAAUGCCGAAUUUGUGUCUAUACAUGUACGUCGUAAUUUUUCUCACGUUGCCACUAGUUAUUCCAAAACGAUCUCGAAGUGAUACAGAGUGGGUAACGGCUCAUGACCAGAAUGCCGUGGAUGAAUACUAUAGUGAUGAAAACGAUAAGCUCUGCCACAAUGUGGAUAUUCGGAAUAAUCUUGCUCGGUUGCAUUUCAUCGAAAACUGUACGGUGAUUACGGGCUUCUUGCAGCUAGUGUUGAUCGAACGAGUUCCGCAUGAAGAGUUUGUAAAGUAUAAUAUAUCGAAAUUGAGGGAAGUGACCGGUUUCGUGCUGUUUUUCCACGUAUACAACCUCAGAUCUUUGCGAGAUUUGUUUCCCAGUUUGAUGGUGAUUCGAGGACGGACGCUAAUCGGGAACUAUGCGUUGAUUUUUUACGAUUUACCUGAUCUGGAAGAGAUUGGUUUGAAGAAUUUGAUCGCUAUUCAGGAUGGAUUCGUUUUUGUACAGCAUUGCCCGAAGCUCUGUUACACAGAUACGAUUGCUUGGUCAAACAUCACCCUCAGAUCCAACGUCUCAAUUGAUCUGAACAGUUUCGAUAAACCGGAUAAAUCCCUGAAGUGUAACAAAACAAAUAUAUGCCAUGGGUGCGCUCAGCCUUAUUGCUGGAGCAAUAAGAGCUGCCAACGAUUUCAUACGGGAUAUGAUUUUACAGGAAAAAUUAAAUGCCACGAGCUUUGUCUAGGUGGUUGUGUGAAUCGGAAGGACACAGGUUGCCGUGUCUGUCAAGGAGCGAAGGAUGGCAAACGCUGUGUAGCGCAAUGUUCAGAAGACAAAGUGCUGAAUCAGGAUACGAUGCGCUGCAUCACAAAAUCCCAGUGCAUAGAUCGCGGAGGGCUGCUAUAUGAAGGGCUAUGCUUGAAGGAUUGUCCCGCUGGGUUCAGUGCCACCAAUGUGGAACAAGUCGAUGUAGACUUCUCCAACCACACGUGCUACCCUUGUCAUCUACAGUGUCCCAAAAUUUGCGAAGGUUCUCAAGUGAUGUAUCUGGUGGAUGCCGAAAGACUGGAAGGUUGUACAAUCAUAAAUGGGACGCUGCAGAUACGAAUGAACGAAGAUCAUCCGCAUUUGAUUGAAGAAUUACGGAGGACUUUGGGUAGAAUACAAGAGAUUAUGGGUUAUCUAAAGGUCUACCGUUCGAAUACAUUACCGUCCUUGGAAUUUUUAGAGAAUUUAGAAAUCAUUCAUGGUCAGUGGGAGUUGGGACAUGGAAAAUAUUCGCUAAUGAUUUAUGAGAAUGCUAAUCUGCAAAAGUUGUGGAAUUACGGGGAUUAUCCAAUGUCGCUGAAAUUAGUUACAGGAAGCAUGUAUUUUGUUUACAAUCCUCUACUCUGUAUUUCACACAUAGAAGUGUUGAAAAAGAUGACAAAUUAUGAUAGCACUAACGAUUUAAUUAGUGCCGAUUCUAACGGAUUCAUGCAGUCCUGUAAUGUUGUAAGUUUAACUGUAAAAGCUGAAGUUCAGUCUAGUAGAAACGUGACCAUUUAUUGGACAAGAUUCAAUACGGCUCCUAGUCAACAACUGAUGGGAUACAUCAUUUUCUUUACACCAUCAGAUACACCAAGAUCCCCGUACGAUGGUCGAGAUGUUUGCUCCGAGUACAGUUGGCAAUCGAAGCUGGUGCAUUUGAACGAUACAAAUUCCAGCCAUAAAGUUUUUCUGACCUACAAUUUAACUGGAUUGAAACCAUUUACAAGAUAUGCGUAUUACAUUAAAACCUACCUUACUGACAGUGUUCACAACGUAACACAUAGAAGAAUCGGUCAAUCAAUUGUCCAUUAUUUCAAAACACACAUUGCUAGACCCACACCUCCGUUAAGGGUAUUCACUACAAGAAAAACGGAGAACUCGAUUACAUUUUCUUGGAAAAUACUCAAAUCAGAAGAAAAUCUUGUGCAACGAUAUCACAUAGAUGUUUUUGUACAACCUGAUGACCGCAAACUUCUGGACCAGCGAAACUAUUGUCUCAAUCCACGUGAAGCCGAAAGAGAGCCGGAAAUGGUUGAGGAAUGCACCGCUGAAAUGUGCUGCUCGGUAAACAGUGUGCUGUUAGAUGUUCCGGAUUUUUCCGACUCUGACACCGAUUUCUACUCACGAAAAAAACGUUCCGUUAAUCAGGAACAAACUUUGGUGCAAACCGCAAAACUCACGGACGAAUUUCAAAGUACAAUGUAUGGCUUUCUGAGCGAUUCUCGCCCUAUGGAAUCCGCUUCCAAUAUUCACCGUGCAAAACGGGAUACAGAAAAUUUUAAAAAUCGAAUCUACUUUAACGAUUUUUAUGCCGGGGGUAUAGAAUAUACAGUUGGUAAUUUACUACCGUAUACGUACUACACUUUCCAACUAUUUGCUUGUAGUGCCGCUGACAACAGUUUCUGUAGUGCAUAUAGUAUAUAUUCGGAUCGCACCGAUCCCUCCCUAGUUGUUCAACCAUUGGACUUGAUUGUAAUAAAAGAAUCAACUGAAGAUUCUUCAAAAGCUAACAGCAUUGUGAUUGGUUUCAAGGAACCGAAAGAGGUUAACGGAGCCACUGUGGCUUUUAUAGUGGAAAUAAAGUUACUGAAUGGGCUUUCAGAUGGUCAAAAAUCUCGUACGGAAUGCAUAACAAGACUAGAGCACGAACGAGCAGGUUACGAAUACCGUUUCAGAAACCUUUCGCUAGGAGAAUACGCGGUUAGAGCUCGGGCAGUGUCACUGGCCGGCCCGGAGAGAUUUAGCGAUUGGUAUUUUGCCAAGGUGGAUGAAUGGAAGGAACUAGCUGUGGAGGAUAAUUCGGUGAGAAAUGGCCUGAUUACGUUUGGGGUUUUGCUCAGUUUGACUGUAGGUAUGGUUGGCUGUUGGGUGCUAUAUCACAAGUAUAAAAAACAUCACGAUGAUAAGGACCUACUGAUCGAAAAUGAUGGUAAUGAAGACGGAUUCGUAGAAUGCGAUUUACGAUAGACGGCAAUUCUUUGUUAACCCAUAGGCCAUAGUAGUUUCCUAUUUCCUAUUGAUAGUUCUUAAGUUUCAAACUAUGUUGUGUGUUUUAGUAGUACAUCAGCCAUGAAAACCUGGUUUGACUGUGAUUUUGUAAUCAACAUUGAGAUACGGAGUAUUGAGUUAUAGAGGGUUGGCUUUUAAACGCAAAAAAAUUACAUAUUUGCCGAGACAAAUAAUAUUAAAUAUUAAAAGAUAAGUUAUUCAUGUCCUAGGUUAUGUGCCAUUUAGUAAAUAAAAAGUCAAACAAAAUUUUGUAUCAA